GACAGAGACUGCUCAGACGCGGCGCGGGGGAGGCAGGUAGAUAAGGCGGCGCGCGGCCUCAGAGGCGCCAGUGUGCGGCCAUGCAGCGCGCGGCGGUGCUGCUAGCGUGCCUGGCGAGCCUGGCGCCGGGCCGGGUCUCGUGCCCGGAGACGUGCGAUGGCGUGCGCUGCCUCACCGACGUGACGCAGGCCGACUGCGACAAGCUGACGGCGGCGGUCUCCUCGCAGUACUACUACAGCCUGCAGAGCAACGCCUCGUACUGCGGCUGCUGCCCUGGCUGCUACCGCUUCUCCAUCAAAGGGGCGGCGUGCAACGCAACACAGCGCUGCGCUCCUGGUCUGAAGUGCAGCGCCAAGACGUCGUUGUGCAUCGUGGUGAAGCAGUCGUGCGACUACGAGCGGACCUCCGCGAGCGUGAAGUGGAAGCCGACCUGCGACCCGGACGGGUCCUUCAGCAGCAAGCAGUGCAAGGGCGAGCAGCCCACCGGCAGGUGUUUCUGCAGCAACAGUACGGGCGGGAGGAUAUUUGGACAAGAAUGGUGGACGAAAGCUAAAAAUAUGACUUGCGCGUGCAGCCGGCGGGCGACAGAGCUGCGCGCGGCGGGCCGGCUAAACGUGACGCUGCACUGCGACCAGCGCGGCAACUACGAGCGGCUGCAGUGCGACUCCGGGCUGUGCUGGUGCGCCGAGCCGAACACAGGGCUGCCCAACUCUCGCGUCGUGCCCGCCACCCUCAUGACUCAGCUGCCGUGCUACAACGCAACGCUGGUGGGGUCGCAGUACCUGCGGCAGUGCGAGAGCCAGUACAUCGCGGUGAUCAACAUCCGUGAGGAGCUGCAGCACCACGGCACCAACAUGGACAGCAUGGCGGCGCUGAACUGCGAUCGCGACGGCAGCUACGGCAGCGUCCAGGUCAGCUCCAACCUAGUCUACUGCAAGUCAAGAAACAACACUAUCCUGAGUGGUCAGGGCCAAGUGUCGAGUAUCAGUACCAUCGACUGCAACUGCGCGCGUGACCAGCUGUACUACCCAGAGUCCGGCAUGGGCACGCUGCCCCUCAACUGCCAGGCCAACGGCAACUACAACAAGCUGCAGUACGACAACGCCAAUAAAGGCUUCUGCGUCGACUCCGACGGCUACAUCAUCAGGUACCUCACCGAGGAUGACUACGACGAGGCAGACUACGGAACUGCACUUUGCGAAGACGACUAGACCGGCUGGUGAUCUGCCCUGGACUGUGCGACGCGAGGCUGAUUACACAAAGUUAAGGACGAACUGCCGUAGAACACCAUUAUGAAGUACCCCAACAAGAUGUUUUACACUCAGUAACAACAGUAAAGUACUUUCAUAAAGUAACAAA